UGGGGACUGGCUCGCACCUCUGGCCGCCGCCUCCCGCCCUCCCUCGCCGAGGACCGGCCUCUUGGGCGGGAACGUCUGGACCUCAAGCCGCCAGCGCUGAGGGAUCCGCUCCUGCUCUCAGAAUGCUGAACGGCACCGCUCUAGAGGCAGCCAUGCUCUUCCACGGGAUCUCCGGAGGCCACAUCCAAGGCAUCAUGGAGGAGAUGGAGCGCAGAUCCAAGACCGAGGCCCGCCUGGCCAAAGGCGCCCAGCUCAACGGCCGCGACGCGGGGAUGCCUCCGUUGAGCCCUGAGAAGCCCGCCCUGUGCGCCGGCUGCGGGGGUAAGAUCGCCGACAGGUACUACCUGCUGGCCGUGGACAAGCAGUGGCACCUGAGGUGCCUGAAAUGCUGUGAAUGUAAGCUGGCCCUCGAGUCCGAGCUCACCUGCUUCGCCAAGGACGGUAGCAUUUACUGCAAGGAGGACUACUACAGAAGGUUCUCUGUGCAGAGAUGUGCCCGCUGCCACCUUGGCAUCUCCGCCUCCGAGAUGGUCAUGCGCGCCCGAGACUCCGUCUACCACCUGAGCUGUUUCACCUGCUCCACCUGCAACAAGACCCUGACCACGGGAGAUCAUUUUGGCAUGAAGGACAGCCUGGUGUACUGUCGCGCCCACUUCGAGACCCUCUUGCAAGGGGAGUAUCCACCUCAGCUGAGCUACACCGAGCUGGCGGCCAAGAGCGGCGGCUUGGCCUUGCCUUACUUCAACGGCGCUGGCACCGUGCAGAAGGGGCGGCCCCGGAAGCGGAAGAGCCCCGCGCUGGGGGUGGACAUCGUCAGUUACAACUCAGGUUGUAACGAGAACGAGGCCGACCAUCUGGACCAGCAGCCUUACCCGCCCUCGCAGAAGACCAAGCGCAUGCGCACCUCCUUCAAGCAUCACCAGCUCCGGACCAUGAAAUCCUACUUUGCCAUCAACCACAACCCGGACGCCAAGGACCUCAAGCAGCUUGCUCAGAAAACAGGCCUGACCAAAAGAGUUUUGCAGGUUUGGUUCCAAAACGCACGAGCCAAAUUCAGAAGGAACCUUUUGCGGCAGGAGAAUGGGGGUGUUGAUAAAGCUGAUGGCACGUCGCUUCCGGCCCCGCCCUCAGCAGACAGCGGCGCGCUCAGUCCACCCGGCACUGCGACCACUUUAACAGACCUGACCAAUCCCACUAUCACUGUAGUGACAGCCGUGACCUCUAACAUGGACAGCCACGAAUCCGGAAGCCCCUCGCAAACUACCUUAACGAACCUUUUCUAACAUUGGUUUUUUUUUUUUUUUUUUUUAAAUUCUUCCUCUUCUUUUUAUUAUUAUUCUAAUGAUUAUUUUAUUAUUUACAAGACUUUUUUUUUUUUUUUCCCCUAACCCACAAGAUACUUGGGAAAUAAAAACAACAGCUUGGUGUGUAGCCUCUGCAGCCACUUGGCAAAUGAGUUUACAGUAUUGUCUCCUUUACAAAGUGUAUUUUUUUUUUUUGUCUACAAAGUGUAUUUGGAUUAAAAAAAAUUAAUUAGAUCUUUCAGUCGGUAAGGGGAGUUUGGGAAUCAUUCUAAUAAGUGCCUCUUAAAAUUGUAUGUUACUUAUUUCCAGAAUCUCGAAGAAAAAAAAAAGAGUGGUAUUAUGAUGGGCAAAUAAUCAUAUUCCCGGUUAUAUAAUUAGGUUAAUAAAGAAUCAGAUAAUUAAUUAAAAUUAUUUUUUUAAUCUUGCAAUUGUACGUGUACUUACGGAAUUUUGAAAACUUCAUAUUGUCUUUUUUUAAAUUUUAAAAUGGAAAAAACAUGCUUUGAUCAUUCCUUUUUUUUUUUUUUACAAAUGAGGAAUGUGAUUAAACAAGAACAUUAAGGAUAGCAAAUCUAAAUAUUAAAGAUUAAUUAGGUGGGAAA